AUGGGUACAAUACUGACCCGGCUAACCCAGCUGAAGUUGGAAAAGCUAAAGGUGGUACACCAACGAUUACUGCAGCGAUAUGAGCACCAGCCCUUUUUCUCCUGUCUUUCUGGACUCUACGACUGCCAGUGGAGAUGCUUCCAGCGCACCCAUGCCCAGCCCGGACACUACUGCUGCUCUAAGCUGAAGUGUGGCAGUUUUGCUCUGAUCAUUCUGACUUUUUGUCUUAGUCUGGUGUUCCUGUACUUCUGGGCUGAAGCACAAAAUUACUACAAUGACUUUGACAGAUUUAAUUUAGGAAAUAUGGGCUUCUGGUUUCCGUGGUCCAUAAUUUUGCUGAUUCUUGUUUUUCUGUUCACUUAUGUUGCUGUUCUGCUGAUAUGUCUGCUUGCAGUUUGUCUUCUCUCAGAAGGCCAGAGAUUAUAUUUACAUUGGUGUCACAAGAUUGGGAUCUUGUUGACUUUGAUUCUCUCUAUCGAGGCCACAUUGGUUCUCACAGAUUUAUGAAGCAAGGAGUGGAUAACUGUACUUUUAACUUUUCAGGUAACUGCUCCAUAUCUACACGUUCUUUUAAUUGCUUUAUUAUAAUGGCCAAUAACCUUGCAUGUAUUCCAGCUCAAUAUGAGAGUAAGAUGGAUGGCCGUUAUGGGGCUGUAUGUAGCUGUUCUAGUCACUCUGUACCCGGUACCUCUGGGUAUGCAUUUCCCCUUCAUUAAAGAGAGUAACAGCUUGGGGCCAGCUCCUGCUUUAAUUGGACACAGGGGAGCACCAAUGCUUGCAGCUAAAAAUACCUUCAUAUCUUUUGAGAAGGCAAUGGCAGGAGCUGAUGGUCUGGAGACUGAUGUCACUAUCAGCUACGAUGGAGUACCUUUCCUCAUGCAUGAUAAGAACUUGAGCCGGACAACUAAUGUGAAAGAUGUAUUCCCUAACUGGACAGACACCUCACCUGCAAUGUUUAAUUGGAGAGAGUUGCAAAGGCUCAAUUCUAGAUCCUGGUUCUUCUCUCAAGACCCCUUUGGAACAGCUUUCUCUCUGAGUCCGGAGGAGCGUAUGCAAGCUCAGAAUCAGUCUGUGUGCACACUGAGGGCCUUCCUGGAUCUGGCUGCUCAGCACGGGACACUGCCACCCAGGGGUAAGCCUUAUAUAGACAGCUGGAUAUCCUGAAUGCUGAAAGUCCUCAAGAACGAGUCAUCUAUUCACUCAAGUCAGAAAAUACGCAGCUGCAAACAUCAGCACUAA